AAUCUAGUCAAAGUUAGUGAUAAAAAUAUAUUAACGAUGGAAGUGGAGUAUAAUAUGUUAGUGAUAGAUUAAAAAAAAGAAGAAAAUAUAUGUACAUUUAAGUUACAAUUUAGAAAAAAAAUAAUCCAGUUUGAAAUUGUAAAAUUUAAUAUAUUGGUAGACGAAAUGUUGAAGAAAAUGAACUUACGCAUAUUUAAACUUAGGUAUCAAAAUUGGUGGCUUGGAAAACCCCCUACUCCUCCAUACAAACAUGUUGUGCAAAUUGGUGAUCCAAUUUUGAGGAUCAAAGCAAAAGUAGUUGACCCUUCAACAUUAAAAACUGAUCCCAUGAUUAAGCUGUUCAACAGAUUGUACUAUUUGAUGACUGUGACAAAGGCUGCUGGUUUGGCUGCACCUCAAAUUGGAGUUUCGUUAAGAGUAUUUGCUAUACAGUGCCCUGAUGUUACAACCUUUAAUGCUUCUCCAGUGUUGUAUGAAAGAAGGGGUAUGGAACAUAUUCCUUUUCAGAUUUGGGUGAAUCCUGAGAUGAAGAUUCUUGAUUAUGAUAGGAUAGAUGAUGAAGAAUGUUGUGAAAGCAUGCGUGGUUACAGCGCUGAAAUUCCUCGGUUUAAGAAGAUUCUUUUAAGUGGUAUUGAUGAGAAAGGAGAAGAGAAGAGCUGGGAGGCAAAGGACUGGUCUGCUAGGAUAAUACAACAUGAAAUGGACCACUUGGAUGGUAAAUUUUUUACGGAUUUGAUGAAUCCGAAAACUCUUACUUGUACCAAUUGGGAUGUAAUUAACCAUCAUCGGGGAAGAAUAUAUACCACAUAUAUGCCUGAUAGGUGACCGUUGUUCUGCAAUGUUCAGCCUCAUCUUUUUUAUUUGUUCUUAUUAUUUUAGAAAAUAAAUGUUUCAGUCUACAUUUUCUUUUUCUUUUUUUUCCUCUUUAAGUUAAACCUAUGGCUUAUAAUGUGAAGAAGUAAUAAAAAUGAAUGAG